AUGGAUCCUCAUCCGCCUUUCGGCCACGCGUUGCGGACAUCGUGUGAUAAGUGUAGGGCUGCAAAGGUGAGAUGCCAGAGGGAAGGCCAGAGCUGUGCUCGGUGUCUACAACGAGGCGAUGAUUGUGUCACAACUUUCCAUCCCCGAAAGACGUCAAAACCAGACAGGCGAGGAAAGAUCCUAGAUAUGGAAAGCCGGAUUGAGCGUAUGGAGUCGAUCUUGGCCGCGUCAGGCCUCGCAAGUGAGGCUGUCACUCCUGCCACUACUGGUACAUCAACUGAUCUGGAUGACCAACUCUCAAUGCUAUUACUUCAUGAUGAGGGUUCCUCUACUUUUUUUGGCUCAGCUUCGAGUCUCUCUCUUUUCUCUCCUGCUGGAUUACAGUGGAUAUCCAGUAGAACUAAUUCCUCAGACCUAUCGGAUCUCAUCCUGAGGCGAAUACAAGCAUGCCCUCCUUUUCAUGAAUCACUCCGCGUAUGGCAGGGCCUAGACUAUCGAGGACAAGUGCCAAUUCCACCUAAGCAUCUUGCUGAUUCAUUUGUCGCAUGUAAGAUUAUUCCCACACAUUUUUUUGACGCCCUUAAUGAUGUUAUACCUUUGUAUCGAAGGGAUAAGUUCGAAGUUCUGUACGAACAGCAGUAUACUUCUUGCCCCCCCAAGAGCACAUCUUGGUAUGCCUCGCUCAAUGUAGUACUCGCGCUUGGCUGCCUGCUAUCGCACGAGGAGAAUAUGAGUGCGAGUGCUGGAAGCUCAAUGCUAGCGCCCACUACUGCAGUAGACUACCUACGGAAUUGCUGGAAUGUUUUCGGUGAGUUAUCUCUCAGCUGCAGGGAUCUUAUGGCGGUUCAAGCGUUGGUGGGAAUGGUAAGGCCCGCUUCUGUUGAUCUCGACUUCGGCUUAGGACUAACCAGUAUAUUCUCAGGCCUUUACCACAGAAAUUCUUCUUGA